GAUGAAGAGACACGGGUCUGUUUGCUGCUAAGUUUAUAACGGAUACUGAAUUUCACUAUCUUACAUGUGUUUUAGUUGUUUUUUGUCGAGGAGAAAACACAAGAGGAGAAAUCAUUUCAGCAGCGAGGACACAAGCCUUGCAGAAUGAGUCUGCAUGGUUCUCGUGUUGUGUUUAAGUCCAGCCUCCUGCACCGCCUUCACCAAUAGACGCUCACAUCUCUCCCGAGUCGACGAACUGCACCGCAUUUUCAAAAUGGCCGAAGAAGCUCCUGCACAGGCUGCCGCUGCCGCUCCGGCGAAAGCUCCCAAGAAGAAAGCUCCCCGUCCCAAGAAGGUCGGCCCCAGCGUCGGAGAGCUCAUCACUAAGGCACUGGCCGCCUCCAAAGAGCGGGGAGGGAUGUCUCUGUCUGCCAUUAAGAAGGCUCUGGCUUCAAGUGGCUACGACGUCGAGAAGAACAACGCCCGCGUUAAAGCCGCCUUGAAGGGUCUCGUCACCAAAGAGACGGUGGUCCAGAUGAAAGGCGUCGGGGCUUCCGGAUCCUUCAAACUUAACAAGAAGGCAGUGGAGGCGAAGACUACGAAGCCUAAGAAAGCUGCUCCAAAAGCGAAGAAGCCGGCGACCAAGAAAGCCGCUGCAGCAAAGAAGCCCAAGAAAGCAGCACCCAAGCCCGCAGCCAAGAAGUCUCCUAAGAAGGCUAAGAAGCCGGCGGCGGCAGCUGCAAAGAAAGCCAAGGCCACCAAGAAAGUGGCCAAGAGUCCGAAGAAGGCGGCCAAAAAACCCGUGGCAGCCAAGAAAUCCCCAGCCAAGAAAGCUGCGAAGCCCAAAGCGACUAAAGCAAAGAAGGCCGCAUCCAAAAAGUGAUUUGUUGUUCACCUGAACUGUUCAAACCCCAAAGGCUCUUUUAAGAGCCACCCACAUCUUUCCAUGAAAGAGGUUUUCUAUCAGUGUAUCUAACUUAAAUAUACCCUGCAGGUGCGUAUUUUUCUAUUUGCUGUUAUACUGAUGUUAUAUUCUAUUUUACAGGAUGAUUCUAUGAUACAUUAUUUUUUAUAAUGUAAUUAAAUCCGAACAUAAACUUAUGAAAUGGAUCCAUGCGUGUGAUGUUAAGUAAUUAAAGU